AUGGACAUCGGCGCGGAUAGGGAGAAGCCGGCGGCGGGGUGGGAGUGGAGGACGCCGGCGUCGAUGGUGCUGGUGCAGCUGUUCAUCACGGGGAUGAUCCUGCUCUCCAAGCUGUCCAUCAGCGGCGGCAUCUUUAUCUUCGCGCUCCUGGCCUACCGCAGGCCCUUCGGCGCCGCCGUCAUCCUCCCCUUGGCGCUCAUCUACGAAAGGGGCAAGUGGAAGGAGAUGGGCUGGCACGCCACGGGAUGGAUCUUCCUCAACGCCUUUAUUGGGUACGCAGUGCCGAUGAGCUUCUACUGCUAUGGCCUCCGUGACACAACACCAUCUUACGCCGUCAUCUUUAUGAACCUAAUUCCGCUGGCCACCUUCAUCCUGUCGCUCGUCUUCAGAAUGGAGACAUUGCGAAUCUGGAGUGUGGUCGGAUCACUGAAGAUUGCAGCCAUUCUGUUCUCUGUUGGAGGCACAAUGCUCAUCAGCCUUUACAAGGGCAAGGUGUUGCAUCUCUGGGAUCCCAUCCUGAAGAUCCACCCCAAGGAACAAACAGCUGAGGGUGCAGGCAAUCAACUAAGAGGGACAAUAUUCUUGUCAAAGGUUCUCAAGGUAUAUCCAUACAAGUAUUGUUCAUCCAUGGUGACAUGCUUGGUUGGAGGAUUCGAAACAGCACUAGUUGGAAUAAUAUUGAAUACAGACAAGAACGCAUGGAAGCUAGGAUGGAAUCUCGACCUUGUGACUAUCUUGUACUCGGGGGCACUUGCAACAGCAGGGAAAUAUUGCCUGAACUCAUGGGCUGUUGCCAAGCGAGGCCCAACAUAUCCUCCGAUGUUCAACCCAUUGUCUGUGGUAUUCACAAUUUUGCUGGACUCCAUCAUCAUAGGCAAUGAAAUUACAGUUGGAAGCCUGCUCGGUACAACAAUGGUGCUUGUCGGGCUUUACACUUUCCUAUGGGCAAAAUCAAAAGAAGCGGACAUCAAGGUGGACAUCAAGGCGGAGCCCAAGGCGGCAGAGACGAAGAAGGUGGCGGGGUGGGAGUGGAAGGCCCCGGCGUCCAUGGUGCUGGUGCAGCUCUUCAUCACGGGGAUGAUCCUGCUGUCCAAGGUGUCCAUCGGCGGCGGCAUGUUCAUAUUCGCCCUCCUCGCGUACCGCAGCCUCUUCGGCGCCGCCUUCAUCCUCCCCUUGGCACUCAUCUUCGAAAAGGGCAAGUGGAGGGAGAUGGGUUGGCACGCAACGGGAUGGAUCUUUCUCAACGCCUUCAUCGGGUACGCAGUGCCAAUGAGCCUAUACUACUAUGGUCUCCGUGAUACAACGCCAGCUUAUGCCGUCAUCUUUUUGAACAUAAUUCCACUGGUCACGUUCAUUCUCUCGCUCGUCUUCAGAAUGGAGACAUUGCAAAUCUGGAGCAUAGCUGGAUCACUAAAGGUCGUAGGCGUUGUGCUCUCGGUUGGAGGUACAAUGCUCAUUAGCCUUUACAAGGGCAAGACACUGCAUCUUUGGAAACCUAUUCUGCACCACAUGGGGCAAAACACGACAGAGGUUGCAGGCAAUCAUCUAAGAGGAACAAUAUUCUUGUCAAAGGUUAUGAAGGUGUAUCCAUACAAAUAUUGGUCGUCCAUGGUGACAUGCUUGGUUGGAGGAUUUCAAACAGCACUAGUUGGAAUAAUAUUGAGUAGGGACAAGAGCGCAUGGAAGCUAGGAUGGGAUCUCAACCUUCUGACCAUCUUCUACUCUGGGGCACUUGCAACGGCGGGGAAGUAUAGCUUGAACUCAUGGGUUGUGGCCAAGCGAGGCCCAGCAUAUCCUCCAAUGUUCAGCCCAUUGUCAGUGGUAUUCACUGUUUUGUUGGACUCCGUCUUUAUAGGCGACGAGAUUACGACAGGAAGUUUGUUCGGCACAACAGUGGUGAUUGCUGGGCUCUACAUUUUCCUAUCGGCAAAAUCAAAAGAAGUGCGGGACAAAUAG